AUGGCAGAAUCGCGAGAAAGACGGAGAGAGAGAGAAGUGUUAACCCCGCGAACCACUGCUAGUCGUGUGUCGCACUAAAAUGUGACUCGGGGUAGCAUCGGAAACCGUGUGUGUAGAGAGGGAGGGAGUGAAAGAGAAAGAGAAAGAGAGAAAAAGAGAAAGAAAGAUAGAGCAAGAGAGAGAGAGAAAAAGAGAACGAAUGUGAAAUAGAGAGAGAGAGAGAGAGAUUGAGAGAGAGAGAUAGAGAGAACGAAUGGGAGGGAUAGAAAGCGAAAGAGAGAAUAAGAGGAAGGGUGAGAAAGAAAAUUGCGUGUGCCGGAAUUUUCAUUAGUUUAGUGAAACUAGGAAGAAAGGAAUAGCUGAGAAAACGGAUUUAGGUGUAGGAGAAAGGUGACUGGGACGGUUUCGAAAGGUGUUCGGGAUCGGUGCUAGCGAAUCUCCGGGAAAAUACAAUCCGGGGUCCGUCGUCUUCUAACAGAAUCUUCCUCAAGAUUUAACGCCUUUGAUAUAUAUAUGUAAUAAUCGAGACAGUGGUGUGCCUGGCUCAACGAGCAUCGUGAUUAUUAUUAUCUAUUGAAAUUUCUUUGACGAGAAAGAAGGAAGAACAAUUAGAUAAUAGGAGGAAAAAUCAUAAAAAGAAAAAGAGAAAAGUAUUGAUAAUAUAUUAAAGGAACGCAUAAAAUUCGACUAAAGCUUUUCUCCGCGAUCGUUCGUUAAUUAUCUCGUUUCGUGUGCAAUAUUUGUCGUGGACUGUGAUCCUUUUUAACGAGAAAAAAAAAAAAUAAGAAAGUAAAAAAGAAAGAAUAGGAUCCUCGUUAUUUCUGUUGUGAGAAGAAAUCGAAAAGAAAAAAAUCAGAAAAAUGAAGCUCGAUUUUAUGGACCGUGAAAAGGGGUUGGAGCUUUUCGGGAAGUUAAUAAGAACAAAAAAUAUCGACAGUUUGCAAGGUGAACAAACGAAAACGGGUCCGGAAACAUUGAAUACAGCUGAUCCAAAGCAGAAAUUACAGAAGUGUCUGACUACUCUGGACCUGACGUCUUUAGGAGUUGGUUCCUGCGUCGGAACGGGGAUGUACCUAGUCGCAGGAAUGGUUGCACACAGUGUUGCUGGACCUGGCGUAGUUAUAUCCUUCAUAAUUGCUGCUAUUGCAUCGAUUUUUUCUGGAGCAUGUUACGCAGAAUUUGGAGUUAGAGUACCACACACGACUGGCAGUGCUUACAUGUACAGUUACGUGACAGUAGGCGAACUGAUAGCUUUUAUUAUCGGUUGGAACAUGGUACUCGAGUAUUUGAUAGGUACCAGUGCCUGUGCUUGCGCCCUUAGCGCUUGUUUGGAUGCCCUAUCGAAUGGUGCUGUCUCAGGAGCGAUAGCUAACAACAUUGGUACUAUAUUUGAACGACCACCGGAUUACCUAGCCUUUAUCAUAACGAUACUGAUGAUGUUACUGAUGGCAGCUGGGGUUAAAAAGUCUUUGGUGUUUAAUAACGUACUAAAUGCAAUUAAUCUAGCAGUAUGGGUUUUCGUAAUGGCAGCUGGUAUGUUCUAUGUCGACUCGAGUAAUUGGUCCGAACACAAGGGAUUUCUUCCUUUCGGUUGGAGCGGGGUAUUUACGGGAGCGGCAACAUGUUUUUAUGCGUUUAUCGGUUUCGAUAUAAUUGCGACUACCGGGGAAGAGGCAACUAAUCCUAAACGAAGUAUUCCUCUAGCGAUAGUUUCUUCGUUGAUCAUUAUUCUCAUAGCUUACGUUACCAGUAGUAUGGUAUUGACUCUGAUCGUACCAUACGAAGAAGUUGAUCAAGAUUCCGCAUUGGUCGAAAUGUUUGGUCACGUUGGUGCAUACAAAUGCAAAUAUAUAGUAGCUGUAGGUGCGUUAGCUGGUCUCACGGUGUCCAUGUUCGGCAGUAUGUUUCCAAUGCCUAGAAUAGUUUAUGCCAUGGCUCAGGAUGGCCUCAUUUUUCGAACUUUAAGCCACGUAUGGCCAACAACCGGUACUCCAGCAUUAGCCACAUUAACAUCUGGUCUUUGCGCUGCAUUCGCGGCAUUACUAAUACAAUUGGAAGUUUUGGUAGAAAUGAUGUCGAUCGGUACCUUGUUAGCGUAUACUCUCGUAUCUACUUGUGUCUUAAUCUUACGGUAUCAACCGCAUACAACCAAUUUAGUCGAACUUCUUCCACAAAGUCUCCGUACACCGUGUCGUUCUCCGACUAAGGAAACUCAAGUAAACGGACAAGUAACGUACGGAAAAGAACUUAGACCUGAUCAAUUGACAACUGCAUUGAGUACUGCACAAGUAACUCAACCAGAAUUAAUGACUACUAAUAAUGGACAACGUAUCAUGGUAAGACGGGUCAGAAGGUGUAAUAGUUCCUCUCCAGAUUCUGACGACACUUAUGGCGCGGAAGAAGACGAAGUUGGUUUGGGGAAAGACGAUCAAUAUUUAGUUAGCGAUAGAACGGAAAACAAAUUUUACGGUAGUGUUCACGCGGCGGCAGCCGCCUCAAGUUGCGGAAGUACGCAUCAAUAUCCUGGAAAUACACCAAUCAUAGGACCGCCUUUAAAUUAUUUACAACGCCGAUUACAGGCUGCACAAUAUCUCUGUCCUGCCAUAUUUCCAUGGGUGGAUAGAGGACCCGCCACCGAGGCAUCGGGUCAUUAUGUCAUGAAAUUAGUCGGUAUCUUGUAUUUAUUAAUUUUGAUCUUCGAUAUUAUCAUUGUAUGUAGAAUGGGUGAUAUGGGCACUUUUACAACGAUAGUAUUGUUCAUAUUGUUUUUCGCGAUCGUUGGAAUACUUUUGGCCAUAAGUAGGAAACCGCAAAACAGAAACACUUUAAUGUUCACAACACCGGGAUUACCAUUUGUUCCGGCCAUUGCUGUAACUGUUAACAUUUACCUCAUCUUCAAACUUAGCAUCUUGACUCUAGUUAGAUUUACAGUUUGGAUGAUACUUGGCUUCAUAAUGUACUUCUAUUAUGGUAUUAAACAUAGCAGUUUGGAAGAAAGGAACGUUCAAGGAAACGCGGAUGAAGUUGUUAACGAGUGUGCAACGGGAAAUAUCGAGUUGACUGUUACCGAUCAACAAAGACACCCCCCGCAUAAUCAGCAAACUGCGUAUACGAACGUGGAUUCGAAUAUUUAUGGGGGUCAACAGCUUGACGCAUUCGGACAGCCCGUAUUUGGUAGUACAAACUUUGGAGGUACACCGACGAAUUACACGAAUCAAUCGCACAGCCAAUCACCGUCGAGCACUGCACUCUUCGUUCAGCAAGAAAACUUUCCAACUUGGGACGAUUGA